UAUGCAAAUUAAGGCUCGUAUCUUGCGCGGAGGGAGGCGGGAGUCGGGGGGGCGCUCCCGGGGGCGGCGGUUGCCCGGAUGGGCCGUUAGUCGGAGCUCAGCCGCGGAGCGAGCGAGGGAGACGGGAGGAGCCGAGCCCGGCGCCAUCCGCCGCCAUCCGCCCCCGCCCCACCGCCAUCCCACCCCGGGGAACCCUUAGGCCCCGGUCCCGGAUCCCCGCGCACCCGGCCAGGCUCCGGCACGUUUUGGGGGAGGUGCCUGCAGGACCCAACGUACUCAAUGAGCUUCCAGCGCAAUGUCCGAUCGCUCGGGGCCGACUGCCAAGGGGAAGGAUGGAAAGAAGUAUUCCUCGCUCAACCUGUUUGAUACAUAUAAGGGCAAGUCCUUAGAGAUCCAGAAACCUGCUGUUGCCCCUCGCCAUGGCCUGCAGAGUCUUGGGAAAGUUGCCAUUGCCCGGCGUAUGCCACCCCCAGCUAACCUUCCAAGCCUGAAAGCUGAGAACAAAGGCAAUGACCCCAACGUCUCACUAGUGCCGAAAGACGGAACAGGAUGGGCAAGCAAACAGGAGCAGUCCGACCCCAAGAGUUCCGAUGCCUCAACCGCUCAGCCGCCGGAAUCGCAGCCACUGCCGGCUUCACAGACGCCUGCCUCCAACCAACCGAAACGACCCCCAGCAGCCCCAGAGAACGCUCCUUCGGUUCCAAGCGGGGUAAAGUCCUGGGCACAAGCCAGCGUCACCCAUGGAGCACAUGGAGAUGGUGGAAGGGCAUCAAGCCUACUGUCACGAUUCUCUCGAGAGGAAUUUCCGACCCUGCAGGCGGCUGGCGACCAGGACAAGGCUGCCAAGGAAAGGGAGUCUGCCGAACAGUCGUCUGGGCCCGGACCAAGCCUCCGCCCCCAAAAUUCUACAACUUGGAGGGAUGGAGGUGGGCGUGGCCCCGAUGAGCUGGAGGGCCCAGACUCCAAACUUCAUCAUGGCCAUGAUCCCCGAGGGGGGCUUCAGCCUUCAGGCCCACCCCAGUUCCCUCCCUACCGCGGAAUGAUGCCGCCCUUCAUGUACCCCCCAUAUCUCCCAUUUCCUCCGCCCUAUGGACCCCAGGGGCCUUACCGGUACCCAACUCCUGAUGGACCUAGCCGUUUCCCUCGUGUGGCAGGCCCCCGGAGCUCAGGGCCGCCAAUGCGCCUCGUAGAACCUGUGGGUCGUCCUUCCAUUCUUAAAGAGGAUAAUCUUAAAGAGUUUGACCAGUUAGACCAGGAAAAUGAUGAUGGCUGGGCCGGGGCGCAUGAGGAGGUCGACUACACUGAAAAGCUCAAGUUCAGUGAUGAGGAAGAUGGGCGAGAAUCCGAUGAGGAGGGAGCUGAGGGCCACAAGGAGUCCCAGUCAGCUGUUGGUGAGGAGCAGCCCCCUGAAGCAGAUGGCAAAAAGGACAACUCCCCCAGCAACGAACCACCCCCUCCUAAGACAGCCUGGAAAGAGACCUCUCAGCCUCCAGAGACAGAGCCUGGGCCUCCUGCCCCAAAGCCUCCCCAACCCCCACCGCACCGGGGCCCUGCUGGGAACUGGGGCACCCCUGGGGACUACCCAGACCGUGGGGGCCCUCCCUGCAAACCCCCAGCACCAGAAGAUGAGGAUGAGGCAUGGCGGCAGCGGAGGAAGCAGUCUUCAUCUGAAAUUUCACUGGCCGUGGAGCGGGCCCGACGGAGGCGAGAAGAAGAGGAGCGCCGCAUGCAGGAGGAGCGCCGGGCAGCCUGUGCUGAGAAGCUCAAGCGACUUGAUGAGAAGUUCGGGGCACCUGACAAGCGGCUCAAAGCAGAGCCUGCUGCCCAGCCUGCUGCCCCUCCUGCCCCAGCUCCACCACCUGCAGUCCCCAAAGAACUCCCCGCACCUCCAGCUCCUCCACCGCUACCAGCCCCAACACCAGAAAAAGAGCCGGAAGAGCCAGCACAGGCAGCUCCUGCCCAGUCCGUCCCUGCUGCAGGUGUGGCUCCGGCCCCCGCCCUGGUGAGUGGUGGCGGCAGUGCCAGUAGCGCCAGCAGUGGCAGCUUCGACGCCAGCCCAGUGGAACCCCAGCUGCCCUCAAAAGAGGGUCCUGAACCACCCGAAGAGGUUACUUCUCCUGCCACACCACCAGCCCCAAAGGUGGAACCCAAGGGUGAUGGGGUUGGUCCCACCCGGCAGCCCCCAAACCAGGGCUUGGGGUACCCUAAAUACCAGAAGUCAUUGCCACCUCGUUUCCAGCGGCAGCAGCAGGAGCAGCUUUUGAAGCAGCAGCAGCAGCAGUGGCAGCAGCAGCAGCAGGGCCCUGCCCCACCAGCCCCAGUGCCCCCGUCGCCGCCGCAGCCUGUGGCCCUGGGGGCUGUGCCAGCACCACAGGCUCCCCCACCGCCCCCCAAGACCCUGUACCCAGGUGCUCUGGGCCGGCCGCCACCCAUGCCCCCGAUGAACUUUGACCCCCGCUGGAUGAUGAUUCCUCCUUAUGUGGACCCCCGGCUCCUCCAAGGCCGACCCCCUCUGGACUUCUAUCCUCCUGGUGUGCACCCCUCUGGUCUGGUUCCCCGGGAGCGCUCAGACAGCGGGGGCUCAAGCUCAGAGCCAUUUGAACGCCAUGCACCUCCCCUCUUACGGGAUCGGGGCACCCCGCCAGUGGAUCCAAAGUUAGCCUGGGUGGGAGAUGUCUUCACCACCACACCCACUGAUCCCCGCCCGCUCACCUCACCACUGCGCCAGGCUGCUGAGGAGGAUGACAAGGGGAUGAGGAGUGAGACCCCUCCAGUACCUCCCCCACCACCCUAUCUGGCCAGUUAUCCAGGCUUUCCUGAGAAUGGAGCCCCUGGGCCCCCAGUCCCUCGUUUCCCUCUGGAGGAGUCAGCCUCCCCAGGGCCCCGUCCACUCCCCUGGCCCCCAGGCAGUGAUGAGGCAGCCAAGAUACAAGCUCCACCACACAAGAAGGAAACCCCCAAGGAGGAGGUUCCACAGCUCAUAGGGCCAGAAGCCAUCCGAAAGCCCACCCGCGGAGUUGGAGGCCAAGGCCCUCCCCCACCUCGCAGAGAAAGCCGCACGGAGACUCGCUGGGGCCCUCGCCCAGGCAGCAGUCGUCGUGGAAAUCCUCCAGAGGACCCAGGGGCUCCUCCCCGCCGUGCUGGGCCUAUAAAGAAACCCCCACCACCAACAAAAGUUGAAGAGCUGCCUCCCAAGCCCCUCGAACAGGGCGAUGAAACCCCCAAGGCCCCAAAGCCAGACCCACUCAGGAUGGCAAAGGGGAAGAUAGGGGGCCCCAAGGACACCCCACCCAGUGGGAAUCUUUCCCCUGCCCCAAGGCUGCGGAGGGACUACUCCUAUGAAAGAGUGGGUCCUACCUCUUGCCGGGGUCGGGGUCGAGGAGAGUAUUUUGCCAGAGGGAGAGGUUUUCGGGGAACCUAUGGGGGUCGGGGUCGGGGAGCCAGAAGCCGAGAAUUCCGCAGUUACCGAGAGUUCCGUGGGGAUGAUGGGCGCGGAGGUGGGGCAGGGAUCCCAAACCAUCCUGCUCCUCGAGGCCGUACUGCCAGUGAGACACGAAGCGAGGGUUCAGAAUAUGAAGAAAUCCCCAAGCGGCGUCGACAGCGUGGCUCAGAAACGGGCAGUGAGACCCAUGAGAGCGAUCUGACCCCCUCAGACAAAGAGGCCCCCCCACCCAAGGAAGGUGUGCUCAACCAGGUCCCUCUUGCCCCUCCACCCUCAGGAGCCCCCCCUUCACCAGCCCCAGCCCGCUUUUCCACCACCAGAGGUGGGCGAGUCUUCACUCCCAGAGGGGUGCCAUCCCGUAGGGGCCGAGGUGGGGGGCGGCCCCCUCCACCCAUUUGCCCAGGCUGGAGCCCUCCAAACAACCCCCUGGUUCCCAAAAAGCCUCCAGUAGGUCCUUUGCCACCAAGUAAGGAGCCUUUGAAAGAGAAGUUAAUCCCAGGGCCUCUGUCCCCCAUGGCCCGAGGAGGCAGUAUUGUGGGCAUGGGUGUGGAAGAUGGGGAGAGGCCCCGAAGGAGGAGGCAUGGGAGGGCUCAGCAGCAGGACAAACCGCCUCGUUUCCGGAGGCUGAAGCAGGAACGGGAGAAUGCUGCCAGAGGGGCCGAAGGCAAACCCUCUUCCCUAGCCCUUCCAGCCUCUACUGGACCAGAGGAGGCCCUCCCAACAGUGCCCCUACCACCUCGCCGGGCAGCUGCCAAGUCUCCUGAUCUGUCGAACCAAAAUUCAGACCAAGCCAAUGAGGAAUGGGAGACUGCAUCAGAGAGCAGUGACUUCACCAGUGAGCGCCGGGGGGACAAGGAGGCUCCCCCACCAGCACUGCUGACACCCAAAGCUGUGGGAAUUCCUGGGGGCAGUGGAGGUGGAACUGGACCAGGCAUUUCAGCCAUGUCCCGUGGAGAGCUGAGCCAGAGAGCCAAGGAUUUGAGUAAGCGGAGUUUCUCCAGUCAGCGGCCAGGCAUGGACAGGCAGAACCGGCGCCCAGGCCCCGGCAGCAAGGCUGGCAGCGGUGGCAGCAGCAGUGGAGGUGGUGGGGGCCCUGGCGGGAGGACUGGCCCAGGGCGAGGGGACAAAAGGAGCUGGCCCUCUCCCAAGAAUCGAAGCCGUCCUCCAGAGGAGCGUGCCCCUGGGCUUCCUCUGCCUCCCCCGCCCCCCAGCAGUUCUGCUGUCUUCCGCCUGGACCAAGUUAUCCACAGCAACCCUGCUGGCAUCCAACAGGCUCUGGCCCAGCUCAGCAGCCGCCAAGGGAGUGCAGCUGCACCAGGGGGACACCCAAGGCUCAAGCCUGGGCCUCCCCAAGCCCCUCAAGGCCCUUCCCCUCGGACCCCAACCCGAUACAACCCUCAGAGAGCCAACAACUUGAAUUCGGACCACCACUCUGAGGAGCCAGGGCUGAUGGUGAGGGGGGUGGGCAGGACACCCCUGGACUCUGCUGGGAUUAAUCCCUUCCCCCCCAAACGGCGGGAGCAGCCUCCCAGAAAACCGGAGCUGCUGCAGGAGGAAUCUUUGCCAUCUUCUCACAGCUCUGGAUUCUUGGGCCCCAAGCCUGAGGACCCAGACCCUCAGGGAGAAUCCAGAGAUGCAGGAACAGAGGUCCUAACCCCUCAUAUCUGGAAUCGUUUACAUACUACCACUAACCGAAAGAGUUACCAGCCUGGCUCCAUGGAGCCCUGGAUGGAGCCCUUGAGUCCUUUUGAAGAUGUGGCUGGUACAGAGAUGAGUCAGUCUGACAGUGGGGUGGACCUGAGUGGGGAUUCUCAGGUGUCAUCAGGUCCCUGCAGCCAGCGAAGUUCCCCUGAUGGAGGACUCAAGGGGGCAGCAGAGGGGACCCCCAAACGGCCUGGAGGCUCCUCACUUCUGAAUGCUGUUCCUGGUGAGGGUCCAUCUGGCUCUGAACCCUCUGAACCUCCUAGGAGACGGCCACCUGCCUCCCACAAUGGGGACAGAAAGGAGCUGUCCCGGGAGCAGCCUCUGCCCCCUGACCCCAUUGGCAUAGAACGAUUGCAGCGUACAGACCGAGGCCCAGAACCUGGCUCCCUCCGGCCGUCUCAUCGAGCUGGCCCCCCAGUCCAGUUUGGCACCAGUGACAAGGACUCAGACUUGUGCCUAGUGGUAGGAGACAGUUUAAAAGCAGAGAAGGAGCUGACAGCAUCAGUCACUGAGGCCAUUCCCAUAUCACGAGACUGGGAGCUGCUCCCCAGUGCUUCUGCCUCAGUUGAAGCACAGUCCAAAAAUCUGGUUUCUGGGCCCUGUGGCCCAGAGCCCAGCUCCUCAGGCCAGCGCUUGUACUCUGAGGUCUUCUAUGGCAGCCCUGGGCCUCCAAGCUCUCAGGUCUCAGGGGGAGCCAUAGACUCUCAGUUACAUCCCAACAGUGGAGGCUUCCGCCCUGGGACACCCUCACUGCACCCUUACAGAUCACAGCCCUUGUACCUCCCCCCAGGCCCAGCGCCCCCUUCAGCACUGCUCUCUGGAGUAGCUAUCAAGGGCCAGUUUCUGGAUUUCUCAGCACUGCAAGCAACAGAGCUGGGGAAGUUGCCAGCUGGUGGAGUUCUCUACCCUCCCCCUUUCCUCUACUCUCCAGCUUUCUGCCCCAGCCCUUUGCCUGACCCACCCUUGCUUCAGGUGCGCCAGGAUCUGCCAUCCCCCUCCGAUUUUUAUUCUACUCUGCAACCCGGUGGCCAAAAUGGCUUCCUCCCUUCAGGGGCUGCUGCCCAGCAGAUGCUUCUGCCCAUGGUGGACUCACAGCUGUCUGUGGUGAACUUUGGUUCCCUGCCACCAGCACCACCUUCUGCCCCACCUCCCCUUUCUCUGUUGCCUCUGGGCCCUACUCUGCAGCCCCCGAGCCUGGCUGUGCGGCCUCCACCUGCUCCUGCUGCUCGGGUGCUGCCUUCACCUGCCAGGCCCUUCCCCCCUAGCUUGGGGCGAGCAGAGCUGCACCCAAUGGAACUAAAGCCGUUCCAGGAUUAUCGAAAACUGAGCAGCAGCCUUGGGGGACCUGGGUCAUCACGUACUCCCCCAGUUGGAAGGUCUUUCUCUGGCCUCAAUACCCGUCUCAAGGCCCCACCUUCCACCUAUGGUGGAGUCUUCCGCACCCAGCGCAUAGACCUCUACCAGCAGGCUUCCCCACCGGAUGCCCUGCGCUGGAUGCCAAAGCCUUGGGAGCGGACUGGGCCGCAUCGAGAAGGGCCAUCCCAACAUGCAGAGGAGCCUGGGUCGCGAGGGGACAAGGAGCCUGGGUUGCCUCCACCCUGCUGAGGGAGUAGUUCCCCUUGUCCCCCACCCCCGGGGCUUGUAUAUAGAUUAUAAAUAUAUAAGGGGGGAGGGGGCGGUGGGGGAGGAGUUGCGGGGCCGGGGCCUCGCUUCCCCUUCUUA